AUGAAGCUGAGGAAGAGAGAGGAAUCGCUCCCAGGGCGAGCGGUGGCUCUGCUUCUGCUCCUCUGCGUGGCGGGGAUGAGAGCAGAAACCACCCGGUAUUCUGUGCCCGAAGAGGCGGAGAGAGGCUCCUUUGUGGGGAAUAUCGCUAAGGAUUUGGGACUGACCGCUGAGGAAUUAGCGGAAAAAAAACUCGUUCUUGAAGGAGAACAGCAGUAUUUACAGCCGAACCAACACACCGGGGAUUUGGUGGUGCGAGAGGAGAUGGACCGGGAGGAGCUGUGCGGGCAGAGCGAGCCCUGCCUGCUGCCUUUCGAGGUGCUGCUGGAGAGCCCACUGCGGUCCUUCCGAGCUGAGGUAAGCCUCACCGACAUAAAUGAUCAUGCUCCCGUGUUCUUAAACAAAGAGAUCGUUUUAAAGAUCCCGGAAACUGCAAUGCCGGCGGCUCGGUUUUUGUUGGAAAGCGCUCAGGAUCCAGAUGUGGGGAACAAUAGCCUUCAGCAUUACAGUAUCAGUUCGAAUGACUAUUUCCAUAUCUACACUCGGAGGCGGAGUGAUGGCAGGAGGUACGCUGAGCUGGUGUUGGACCGAGCCCUGGACCGGGAGCAGCAGGCAGAAGUGGCUUUAAGUGUCACGGCUGUGGAUGGUGGGUCCCCACUGCUCUGUGGUACAGCCCUAAUCCGAGUAGUAGUCCUGGAUAUAAACGACAACAUCCCGGUAUUUACCCGUAGUCUGUAUAAAGCCCGAGUAUUAGAAAAUAGCGACGAGGACACCGCAGUGGUGGUGAUGUCUGCAAGCGAUUUAGACUCAGGAACGAACGGGGAAAUAGCCUAUUCCAUAGUUCCAAAUUCAGAGGAAAAUCUCCAGACCUUUAAAGUAAAUCCAGAGACAGGGCAGACACUCAAAAAAACGGUGGAUUAUGAAGAAAGAAAGACCUACGAGAGAGACGUCCAGGCCACAGACGGAGGGGGCCUGUCCACGCACUGCAAGGUGGAGGUGCAAGUGGAGGACGUGAACGACAACACCCCUGAGGUGAUCAUCACCUCCCUCACCAGCACCCUCUCGGAAGCCGCCCCGCCGAACACCGUGGUAGCCCUUUUCAACGUGCGGGACCGGGACUCGGGGGACAAUGGCAGGACGAGCUGCGAGCUACCGGGGGAGCAGCCCUUCAGCAUCACGCAGCUGGCGACCGACGCGUACGCGCUGGUGACAUCGGAGGCCCUGGACCGGGAGCGGGUGGCGGAGUACAACGUGACGGUGCGGGCUUGCGACGAGGGCUCCCCCGCGCUCUCGACAUCCAAGACGCUGCUGGUGUGGCUCUUGGACGUGAACGACAACGCGCCCACUUUCAACCAGGCCGUUUAUACCAUGGUGGUGAGCGAAAACGAGCCC